UCUCUGCUAAUAUAAACUGGAUGAUGCUCCUCGGGCUGCGGCAGCUAACUCAGCCUUUAAGUUUCACAUCUCCAGAUUCUUCACAACGCAGGAACGUAUAAUCUUCUACUUUCUGUGGACUCCCUGCAGUGUGUUCUACAGGUUUUAGUGCAUGUAAAGGGUCUGCAAAGGCCACAAUCCCUGGGUUCCCUCCAGAGGAAGAUUCUCUCACACACACUCCCCCCUCCCGGCAUGAAACACCUCCAUUGGACUCCUUUGUUUACUUCAGGAAAAUUGUGACAUCACUAUGUAACAUUGGCACUUCUAUUGGCUAUCUCCAACACAUUGUACGUGAUAGGCUAAGAGGCGGGACAUCUAGAAGCAGUUUUUCUAAGGACAGAGGGUGUCAUAUUCGUAUUCAUGUUCUGUAAACUGUAAAGUCCCCAAAAAACAAUUUAAAAUGUGUGAUAUCGGACUGUAUAAAAAAUUAUUUCAAGGGACUCCAUGAAUCUCCUAUAACAGUUUUAUUUUGAACACUGUUGUUUUACAGUUGAGUGAAAACUUUUAAAUGAUAGAAAGUUGAUGUUUUAAAUGGUUCUUUAAGUGUUUUGACUAUAGGAAUAUUGAUUAACAUUUAGGUCAAAUAAGGACACAAAUAUAAGUCUUAUAGUUAAAAUAUAUAAAAUAAAUCCAUUCUUCAAGGGACCCUUUUAAACUCCCUUAAAGAUUAUUAAAAGUUGUUGUUUCAAAAAUUAAAGCUUUACUGUUUUAACAAAGGAUAACAAUUUGAUGGAUUCUAAUAAAGACACAAUCCCCAUUAUCAGCAUUAUUUAUCAAUCACUCAAUACAUCAAUUAACAUCAGUCAGUAAAUUAGACAGGGUUCAAACCAUGACACCCUGCUGUUCACACACACACUCCCCCCCCAUUCUGUCUCUGUCUGACACACACACACACACACACACACACACACACACACACACCCUCCCUAUCCAGUCGGUGUGUUCCGUAGCUGAUUGCAGAGCACACCUUUAGACAUCCAUUCACACCGAUCCUCCACUGCUCCCUCCCUCCAUCUGGCUCUCUCUCCCUCCACCCCCCCCCCGGUACAACGUUGAUCUCCAGCUUUCCUACCCGCCUCAUCAUGAGCCAUAAGCGGCCACCAACAGCAGCCUGAUGUCGCUUCUUCACCGGCGCCCGGAGCCUCCGCAGCGGCGGUAGCGGCGGCGCAUUUUGGCGGAGAAACGCGCGUCUUUCUUCCGUCGUCUUUUUUAUUCCAAAUCCUUUUUUGUGUGUCUGGAGAUGCUGUUGCGGGGCCGCUGUCAUACCGUGUGAUAGAGAGCGAGGAGGCGGGGGGUGGUGGUGGUGGGGUGGGGUCGGGGUUGCCCUGCCCUGCCCUGGCCGGACUAGCUCUCCCUCCUCCAGCAUGAACCUCCACUCGGGCAGGGCGUCCGUGGCUAUGCUGCGGAUGAUGGGCUGUGCUAACGGGCGCUCUGCUCGGAAUCUCCUCCACAGUGACUGCGUGGUGGAUGAGAAGUCGGUGGUGCUCCAGAAGAAGGAGAAUGAGGGAUUUGGCUUCGUGCUGCGAGGGGCAAAAGCGGACACGCCCAUCGAGGAGUUCACUCCCACGCCCGCCUUCCCCGCCCUGCAGUACCUGGAGUCGGUGGAUGAGGGGGGGGUGGCCUGGCAGGCGGGGCUCCGGACGGGGGACUUCCUCAUCGAG